CAGAGUCUCAUAAUUCCAUCUGUAAUGGAAAUUUAUUCAGAAUAUUGUGUGUUAAUCAUCAUCACUCUGUUUUUUCUUAUUUUCGUCAUCAAAUACUACAAGAAAUCAAAAUCCCAAAAUGGAAAUACAAAAAAAUUCCCUCCUGGAAGAAGAGGCUGGCCAAUUAUUGGUGACAGCUUUAACUGGUAUAAUGCUGUUGCCAGUUCUCAUCCUCCUUGUUUUGUUGAACAACAAGUUCAAAAGUAUGGGAAGAUAUUUUCAUGUAGUUUACAUGGAAAAUGGGCUGUGGUAUCAGUGGACCCUGUUUUUAACAAAUUUGUAAUGCAAAAUGAAGGGAAGUUAUUCCAAUCAAGUUAUCCAAAAUCUUUCAGAGAUUUAGUUGGGAAAAAUGGGGUGAUCACAGCACAAGGAGAACAACAGAGGAAACUUCACUCUAUUGCCUCUAAUAUGAUGAGAUUGGAUAAACUUAAGUUCCAUUUCUUGAAUGAUAUACAAAGGGUCAUUCAAGAAACACUCAACAAUAUUCAAGAUAAUCAGAUUAUUCUUCUCCAAGAUGUUUGCAGAAAGCUAGCCAUUAAUUUGAUGGUUAAUCAAUUGCUGGGAGUGUCAAGUGAAUCAGAGGUGAAUGAGAUGGCUCAGUUAUUCUCAGAUUUUGUGGAUGGAUGCCUCUCUGUUCCAAUCAAUAUGCCUGGUUUUGCUUACCAUACUGCUAUGAAGGCAAGAGAGAAUAUUAUAAUCAAGAUAAACAAGAUAAUUGAGAAACAUAGAAAGGAAGCAUCCAAUGGGAAUGGUGUGAUUUAUAGAUUGUUGGAGGAAGAAAGCUUACCAGAUGAGGCUGUUGCUGAUUUCAUUAUAAACCUCUUGUUUGCUGGCAAUGAGACCACUGCUAAAACCAUGGCCUUUGCUGUUUACUUCUUGACUCAAUGUCCCAAGGCCAUGAAGCAAAUACAGGACGAGCAAGAGAGCUUUAGAAAUGAGAAGGUUAGCAGCUUUGAUAAUGAGGAGAUGCUCUCUUGGCAAGAUUACAAAGCCAUGCCUUUUACUCAAUGUGUAAUAGAUGAAACUCUAAGGUUAGGAGGCAUUGCAAUAUGGUUGAUGAGAGAAGCCACAGACGAUGUCGUAUAUGGAGAUUAUGUUAUCCCAAAAGGGUGCUUUGUGGUUCCAUUUCUCUCAGCAAUUCAUCUAAAUGAAAACAUUUAUGAUGAACCUAGAAUUUUCAACCCUUGGAGAUGGAUGAAUCCUGAAAAUCAGGAAAAAAGAAAUUGGAGAGGUAGCCCAUUUUUUGCCCCAUUUGGAGGAGGAGGACGCUUUUGUCCUGGUGCUGAAUUGGCUCGUCUUCAAAUUGCACUAUUUCUUCAUUACUUCAUCACUACUCAUAAGUGGAAACAAGCCAAGGAAGAUCGCAUGUCUUUCUUUCCCUCUGCUCGUUUGGUCAAUGGCUUUCAGAUACAAUUAACCAGAAUUUAAUUAAGCCCUGUCCUACACAAUAAUUAAUAUGUAUUAUUGCUUUUAAUUGACGUUUCUCAUUCCAAUUUGCAAUUAAAUCAUG